UUGACGACAUCAAUCUGUUAAUGAUUCGGAGACAGUCUUUAUUGUAAAUAUUUGUAGCUUUCUGGAAAGAAAUUAAAAUUCUUUAACCCUUGUACACUGAAGAGGGGCGGAUUGGCUACUUAGCCUCAUAGUUGGCUGGAUUAUUUAUACCUUGACCAAGAAAAAUAUUCACUCGUUUGAAUAUAUGUGAAGAUGUAAUCUACGAAAAAUUCCGACGACGGACAACGUGACAAACGCACAGUGUAAAAACAGGAUCACAUGACACACAUGUGCCAGUUCAGAUUGUAGAGUGAUGAAUUUUAUAACUUGAGGAAACAAUUUGCACUGUCACGUCAUUUAAGUCACGCACGCCAUUGAUAGUGCAGAAAAAGAUUUACUGGGUUUCAUUGAUUCUAAUCAUCAUAUUAAUUCAAUAAGGAGGAAUUAUCGACUGAGCAGUAUGUAUAGUGAAAACGGACAUCGCCUGGGAUCGUUUUUGGUCCACAUGACCAUUUCACCCCCAAUACGCAACGCUACUGACGUAGGCUUCGUAGACAUAUUUUCUAUUUCAGCCAUCACGGCAGUGACAGCCAUUCUCUCUGUCAUAGGCUGCGCAAUCAUUAUCGGCACGUACUUUUUCUUUAGCGACAUUAGAUCAACGAACCGAAGAUUGUUAGUUUACCUCACUAUAGCUGACCUGUUUACGGUAGCGGGAAAUUUAACAGGGACGACCUACACGUGGUAUAACUAUCUGCACGACAUUCCAACUCAGUGUCUGUCCCCGGAGAAAAUCUGCGUUGUUCAGGCGUUCAUCUCGACGUCAUCGUGUCUUUCUUCGUUUAUGUGGAACUUAGUGAUAGCCUGGAGUGUGCAGAGAACCAUCUUGAAGGGGGAGUACGUCUUGGACAGCCGACAGUGGUUUACUUUACAUUGUGUGGUGUGGGGAGCGCCGGUGGCAUUGGUGACUUUGCCUCUGGCAUUCGGGUUACUUGGCGAGACGAGGUUUCAAACGACCGCUGGGUGGUGCUGGAUACAGGCCUGCGGGAUGCAAGAGGAGCCCAAUGCCAAGGCUCUGCGGGUUGCCCUGAUGUUUCUCACGGGGAAAGCCUGGGAGAUUCUGUCAAUCAUCUGCAUCUGUGUCAUCUAUGUGAAGAUUAAGUUGAAGAUAAAAAGAACGAUUUUCCAAGUGCAUCAAGUGUACAUAGACGCCGAUGCUUUGGAGGCCAUCCGAAAGGCAAACCGGAUGCUAGGGUGCGUCCCAAUCUCCUUCAUAGCGCUUCGCAUUUGGGGGACCAUCCGGUUCUUCCUGAACGUCUUUAACACUGGGAUCCCAAACAUGCACCUGUGUCAGACAUUCUCCGCGAUGUGUCAGGCCAAUGUUGUGUUGCUGUACUUACAGGCCAUUGGAGACAACGCGCAGGGUCUAACCAACUGUGUAUUCUUCUGCAUCAUGACUGCACCGAUUCGAAACCGACUCUUCUGUUGUUUCACGGAGACUCCCCUCCGAAAGGCAAAACCUUCGGAUUUGUCAGCCUUCACAAACAGUGACAGAGAGAGCACAGAAACUUUUCUACAAAAUUCAGAUUUUGGACCCGACAGGAAAGCGUCUGACACGUCAGACAAAGACAACUGGGAUUCUACAGGUACUUCAGGAAGGGGAUCGAUAGGAGCGUCGGAGUCGGAACCCGAGCAUGACAUUACAGACUCUUCCCCCUUUCUGACCUCACCGGAACCGGAAAUGGAACCUGAACUCACGCCGUUUCUCGGGAAAACCAAACCGAGGCUUGCGAGCAGACGACACAAUAAUUAUGGCACUCUUCCCGUUCUCCCGCCACCGGUAGGUUACCAGUAUACACCGCGGAGGAAAAUACAAGGCGCAAACUCCAGAAAAAUAUAACAUGCACAUUUAAAAUGAACCGCUAAUGCAUGAAGUACAACAAUGUAGAUAUUGUCAUAUCAAAAGAUUGUACAUUAUUUUCUGACAUUUGCAAAGGCGUAUAUCACUUCAUGACACCAUAUAUAGACCAAUAUACAACAAAACGCGCCAUGGUUGCAUAUGAACAACCUUUUACUUUCACUACAAAAAAAGCUUGAUAUCACAAUCUCUUCAAAAAGGUAUACGAGUGCAUGCUUUGAGUGUAAAAAGUAUCUUUCAUCUGGAGCUUAGUUCGCCUACAUCUACCACAUGUUUUAGUAACAACAAUCAAUAUUUCAAUAAUGGACACACUAUCUUGCACUUAUCAACUGGGAGUUUUAAUUGUCAUUGUUAAAAUGAUGUCAUUUUUACACAUCGCGUUGCCUCAAACAAGACAAACAUUUGAGUUUAUUUAGCUCUUAUCCAUUUCUGAUUCCACUUUUAGUCGUGGUGCGCCCUGUUCGUCAUUGACUGAAAGGAGUACUUAUCAUUAGUAAUGUGUUUACAUUCCCCAUUGUCUUUCUUCAGCGUAUUAAAAAGCGCUGU